AUGGUAGAGCCCACGGCGGGAAACCCCGCGCCCGCCUCGCACAAUGCGCGCGCAGUUCGCGGCGCGGCCGCAGGCGGCGCUGCGGCGCCCGCCCCGUGGGGGUGCCCGGAUGCGGCCGCGCCGGAAGAGAAGCGCGUCUCCUCAGGGCCCGCCAUCUUGUGCGGCAGCGAGCAGGGCGCGGGGGGCCCGGUAGCAUCCGCGCAGGAUCCCGCCGACGGGGGCCCAUCAUGCCCGGACACCUGCAGGAGGGCUUCGGGUGCGUCGUCACCAACCGCUUCGAUCAGCUCUUCGAUGACGAGUCCGACCCCUUCGAGGUGCUGCGCGCGGCGGAGAGCCGGAGGAAGGAGAGCGGCGGCGGCGGCGGCGGGAGCCAAGCGGGCGGCGGGGCCCGCGGCCCGGCGGGCGCCCAGAGCGGCUCCUCGGGCGGAGCCGGAGGAGCAGGCCAGGCGGGCGGCGGCGCGGGCAGCGCGGCCAAGCAGCUGCGCAGGGAGUCGCAGAAGGAGCGCAAGAACCCGCUGCCGCCCUUCGCCGGCGGAGACCGCCGGGAGGAUGGCGGGGGCCAGCCCGGAGCGCCGCUGCGGAAGGAGGGGAUAAGGAGGAUUGGCAGGAGGCCUGAUCAGCAGCAGCAGCAGCAGCAGCAGGGCGAAGGCAAACCCAUCGACAGGAGACCCGAGCGACGACCUCCCCGCGAGCGCCGCUUCGAGAAGCCCGCCGAGGAGAAGGGCGAGGGAGGAGAGUUCUCCGUGGAUAAACCCAUCCUGGACCGACCCAUGCGUGGACGCGGCGGCCUGGGCCGGGGCCGCGGGCGCGGGCGCGGCAUGGGCCGGGGAGACGGCUUUGACUCUCGCGGCAAGCGGGAAUUCGACCGGCACAGCGGCAGCGAUAGAUCUUCUGUUUCACAUUCACAUUUCAGCGGCCUAAAGCACGAGGACAAGCGCGGCGGCAGCGGAUCGCACAACUGGGGAACCGUCAAAGACGAGCUCACUGAAUUGGAUCAGUCAGCUGUAACUGAGGAAACGCCGGAGGGAGAGGAGCACCCGCCUGCUGAUUCUGAAAACAAAGAGAAUGAGGUUGAAGAAGUGAAGGAAGAAGGCCCCAAGGAGAUGACUCUGGAUGAGUGGAAAGCCAUUCAAAGCAAGGACCGCGCAAAAGUCGAGUUCAACAUCCGCAAACCAAACGAGGGAGCUGAUGGGCAGUGGAAAAAAGGAUUUGUGCUCCACAAGUCAAAGAGCGAGGAGACAAAGGCGAUGACAGAAAUGCAGGGGAGUCUGCUGGAUUCAAAUGAGGCUCACGCUGAGGACUCGGUAAUGGAUCACCACUUCCGCAAGCCCGCCAACGACAUCACAUCCCAGCUGGAGAUCAACUUUGGAGACCUGGGCCGCCCCGGGCGCGGCGGCAGAGGGGGCCGGGGCGGCCGGGGCCGCGGGGGCAGGGCCAGCCGUGGAGGCAGGACCGACAAGUUGGUCAAGGAGUUUGAUGUGAUCCACACGCCCAACCAGUCAAGUGCUUCUGCUCCUGACGUAGAUGACCCAGAGGCUUUCCCAGCUCUGUCCUAAACUGGAUGUCAUAAAGCCAACCCUGCCCUGGUGGGGCCUUCCUCUCCGAGGCUUGCAUGCUUAAGGAUCCUAAAACAACUAAGAAAUUGAAAAAAAACAAAACAAAAAAAAAAAAAAAAAAA